UAUGGGUUAGAAAGAGGAAGAAAUAAAAUUAUUUAUAUAGUAAGGGGUUCAUCUUCAAUCUCACUCAUUUCUUCCCUUCCCUUUCCCCCAUAUAUAAACCCUAAUUUCUCCCAAUUCCGAUCCAUUAUUUCCAAUCUCACUUUCCACAUUUCCUACCAAACCCUAAACCCUCUUCCAUGGCGAGCUCCGAUACCGAACGCAGAGAAGAGGAGGAGGCUCCGGCCGCGGAGGAUGAAGACACUGGAGCUCAAGUUGCCCCAAUCGUCAAGUUGGAGGCAGUCAACGUUACCACCGGUGAAGAAGAUGAAGACGCAAUUCUCGAUCUGAAAUCCAAACUGUACCGAUUUGAUAAAGAUGGAAAUCAGUGGAAGGAGAGGGGUGCUGGUACUGUUAAGUUUUUGAAACAUAAGGAGACUGGCAGGGUUCGCCUUGUUAUGAGACAGUCUAAAACCCUCAAGAUCUGCGCUAACCAUCUUGUACUUCCAUCAAUGACCGUUCAAGAACACGUUGGAAAUGAGAAGUCGUGCGUGUGGCAUGCGACUGACUUUGCUGAUGGUGAAUUGAAAGAUGAGCUUUUUUGCAUCAGAUUCCCAUCGAUUGAUAAUUGCAAGACCUUCAUGGAAACAUUUCAAGAAGUUGCGGAGUCCCAAAAGAAGAAAGUGGAAAAUAAAGAUGCAUCAGCUGCAGCUGGUCUACUUGAAAAAUUGAGCGUUGAAGAUGAAAAGAAAGCUGAAGAUAAAUCUGAAGAUAAAGCUGAGGACACACCUGUAAAAUCUAAGGAAGAGGAUAAACCUGAGGGUGAGGCAGGGAAAUCAGAUGCAGAGAAGAAAGACUAGGAACUUGUUUCUACUGCCAAAUACGGUAGGAUAUAGCUCUUCCUCUACCGGAUACAUCUCAUUCGUCCAUGUUUUGUUACAUCAAAACACAGUCAAUUCUUCGAUUGGGUAACUUUUUCAGGGCUGGAAAGUUAAGAAUCGUCUAAAUUGUAUUUUCGUUGGUUGGUUGGGGAGUCAGUUUUCUAGUGUUCACCUUCCUUUCAUUUCAAAAUGAGAUUGAUUUGUAGUCAGUGUCAGAUAGUUGGUUGUGUGGUGAUGGGCGUUUGUGAAUCCACAAAAAAGGUCAAAUAGCUUUUUUAGAAACCAUAAAGUUUGUGUGCAGGGCCUGAGCUGAAGAUGCUGCAAGGUUGGGUUGGGUUUAGUAGUCAAACAAAGAGUAUUUGCAGAGACAUAUAUAGUUAUUUUUGCUUGAGGAGAAAACAUGGAUGGUUGUCUUGUGGUUUUGUUAUAUUAUUUAAGUUCUACCCCUAUUCUAUUGUGCAUUGUGCUUUCUUUUU